AUCAAUACCAUAUACUUCUUUUAUCACAAUGGUUAGGCGCUCGGAAAAAAUACACGGCUGGGCAGCGACAAAGCCAGGCAUUGAGGUUGUGCCGUGGUCAUAUGUGCCACGCCCACUAGGGCUUCACGACGUCGAAAUUAGGAUCGACUACACUGGCGUAUGUGGGUCAGACCUGCACAAGCUCAAGAAUGACCUAGGUGGCACAGCAUACCCUAUCAUUUGCGGCCAUGAGAUCGCUGGACGUGUUGUAUCCAAAGGCAAGGACGUUGCAGACCUUCAUGUAGGCGACGUGGUUGGCGUCGGCCCAAUAGCCUACUCCUGUCUCAGAGAUGACUGCAAGUUCUGCGGCCAAGGUCUUGACGCACACUGUCCACAUGCUGUCCACACCUACGGGGGCAUUUAUCCCGACGGUGCCAGCUCCCAAGGCGGAUAUGCCGAGUCUGUACGUGUACGUGCUAGCAUGGUAUUCAAAAUCCCACCAGAGAUAGAUCCCGCGUAUGUGCCGCCCCUACUGUGCGCUGGCGUGUCUGUCUAUGCACCCAUGGUAAAGUACGGUGUCAAGGCAGGUGAUAGAGUCGGUAUAGUUGGCAUUGGCGGACUGGGCCAUCUUGCUAUCCAAUUUGCAAGUGCACUGGGCGCUGAGGUUGUCGCAAUCUCGAGGUCAUCUGCUAAGCACAAGGACGCCAUUGAGUUGGGCGCCACUCGCUUCGUCCAUUCGGAGAAUAGAGAAGAGACCCGGGCAAUUUACAACACUCUGAAGUUCCUGUUUGUCACAGGCGAUUGUGGCACGGCCCAGCUCAAUGAGCUGAUUCAUCUGGUGGACAUUGGGGGUCAAAUCGUGAUUCUGGCGCUUUCCAAGGAGACGCUUGAACUGGAGCCGUUUAUUCUAGCUGUCAAGCAGGUCAGUAUAUCGGGAAACCUUGUUGGCGGCAUCAGUAUGAUCAAGCAGACACUUGAGUUUGCGGCGAAGCAUGUCAACGAGGCCUUGGAGCACGCAAAUGCCGGCCGUGCUCGCUACAGGCUUAUCCUGGAGAACUGA